AAACAAAUGUGAGCAUUAAAUACUAGCACUGCAUGUAAGAAUACAUUAGCAUUUUGAAGCAUUUGGAGAUUGAGGCAGAGGAUUAUGGACCUGAGUAGUCAGGGCUGCUUAACCUGCCACAGAUCAUAGAAUCCUCACRGAAUGGUGUGKGUUGGAAGGAACCUUAAAAGUCAUCUACUGCCAACUUGCCUGCCAUGGACAAGGGCACCUUCCACUAGAUGAUGUUUCUGAAUGCCUCAUCCAACUUUUCCUUGAACACUUCCAGGGAUAGGACAUCCACAUUUCUCUUGGCAACCUGUUCCAGUGUCUCGCCACUCUCACAUGGAAGAAUUUCUGCCUCAUAUCUAAUCUAAACCUGCCCUGUUUUGGUUUAAAGCCAUUCUUCUUGUCUUCUCACUACAUGCCCAUGUCAAAAAUCCGUCCCCAGCUCUCUUGGAGCCCCUUCACAUGCUGGAAGGUGCUCARAGGUCUCCUUGGAGCCUUUUCUUCUCCAUCUGAACAGCCCCAGCUCUCUCAAUCCAUCUUCAUAGGACAGAUGCUCCACCCCUCAGAGCAUCUUCAUUGCCCUCCUGCGGUCUUGCUCCAGGAGCUCCACAUCCUUUUUAUGCUGGAAUCCCCAGGGUUGGAUGCAUUAGUCCAGGUGGAAUAGAGGGACAAUUGCCUCCCUUGACUUGCUGGCUAUGCUUCUUUUGAGCCAGUCCAGGCUGUGAUUGAAUUUCUGGGUUGCAAACACGCAGUGCCAGGUCAUGUCCAUCGUCUUMCCCAUUAACACCUUUUUAAGUCCUYCCCAGACUUGCUCAUACUCCUUUCUCUGCCCAGCCUGUAUUUGUGCUUGGGGUUGCCCUAGCCCAGGUGCAGGACAUUGCACUUAGCCUUGUUGGACUUUGUAAGGUUCAUGCAGAUCAACCUCUCAUGCCUGUCAGGGUGCUUCUGGGUGGCUAUUGUUGCUGUUUCUGGGUAGCUCAGAUGUUUUUUGUGACUUCUGCGUAUUCCAGCUGUACUGCUUGGGGAGCCUUACUUCCACUUAAGGUAUUGCUGCAUAUGUUUUCUUAAGCAGCCUUUUGGUAGUUCAGUACAACUUGCUGCAAGCUGUCAAGUAUCUGCUAUAGCCUUGUUCAGUUGAGGCAUAAAACCCCUGGUAUUAGUUACACUGAAGUGUUUCAGUGGUUAUCACAGUGGGAACCAAAUKGUUUCAUGACUCCCUUUUGGGAAUUUAAACCAAAGGCAGAGAUGCCAGAUGAAGCAAAUUGAACAUGGAUCUAUUACUAAGGUUACUGCUGUCUGCGUCUCAAAAGCCUUCCAGUACAAAAGUAUUUCUUUGAGGCUAAUGUUGUACAUUGGCAGCUUUAUAUUUUGGCAUGGAGGGGAACCUGCCAGGUACCAGCUGCUCAGGGAGUAURUGAUAUGAUGCUCAGCUUCUGUCAUAGGAUAAGAGUCAAAUGUACAUGGACUGAAAAUAACUUUGUAYACCGUGCUGGUAAUGUGUAGUGUUGUUUUUAAAAGAGACUCAAGGUAAUAAGUGGAUUUUUAUUACUUUGCCCCAAAAUAAUAACAGUUCAAAAUCUCUGAUGUUUCAUUCCUUUUCAUAUCAGAAAAGAUCCAUGAAUUCUAAGUAACUGACUUUUACAGCUCUAUUGAUACUAUAUCCCACCAUAUAUUGUGUUGAAGUAUUUAUUGUCCAUCUGUUCUGCUGCAGGAGAAGAUACAGGCCUCAUAUCAACAUUCAUUUUAGUUGAUGGCUAUGGGAGCUGUUUAGCCAAAACUCAGGCYUUUCUUAAAUCUUUCCAUGUCUAAAUGGACUCCUGAAUGUAAUAUAGUGUAUACUCUAAAAGCGGAUAUGAAGAGUGAAGUUCCUUCUGAUGCACCAAAGAGACAGGAAAGUCUGAAGGGGAUCCUCUUGAACCCUGAGCCUAUUGGGGCAGCCAAAAGCUUCACUGCAGAAGUUGAGAUGAUUGCCAGUAAAGUAGGGAAUGAGUUCUCUCACUUGUGUGGAGACUCUCAAAAGCAAAAGGACAUGAAUGGCAACCAUACAGACCAAGAAAAGGGUAYUGUGGUGCGAAAAAAACGCAAGAGCCAGCAGGCUGGUCCUUCAUACACUCAAAACUGUCCUGAUAAAGAAAAUAAAGGAAUCUUGGGAUUGAGACAGCAUCUAGAAACACAGAGUGAAGACGAUUCUUCUUUUAGUGACUGUAUCUCUUCGCCUUCAUCUAGCUUGCAUUUUGGAGACUCUGACACAGUAACAUCUGAUGAAGAAAAAGGUGCUCCUGUGAGACACCCUCAGGCAGUGUUGAAUACUCAAAGUAGAACUCACAGUGCAAGGUCACAAAAGUGGCCUCGGACUGAGGCAGACUCUGUACCUGGGUUAUUGAUGAAAAGGCCAUGUUUUCACAACAAUUCUAUAAGAAGACUCCCAUAUAGGAAGAGAGUUGUAAAAACAGGUUCAUCACAGCGGACACAGAACCAAAAAGAACGAAUUUUAAUGCAAAGGAAAAAGCGGGAAGUGUUAGCUCGAAGAAARUAUGCCUUGCUCCCCAGUUCUAGCAGCUCCAGUGAGAAUGAUCUCAGCACUGAAUCUUCUUCCAGUUCAUCUACUGAAGGGGAGGAAGACUUGUUUGURUCACCUGGUGAAAAUCAUCAGAACAGCACAGCUGUUCCUUCAGGAAGUAUUGAUGAAGAUGUUGUGGUGAUUGAAGCAUCCUCCACUCCCCAAGUCACUGCUAACGAAGAAAUAAAUGUUACCUCAACAGAUAGUGAAGUGGAGAUUGUCACAGUUGGUGAAAACUACAGGUCUCGUUCUGCCCUGGGACACACGAGAUCACACUGGGGCCAGAGCUCCGGCACACACACUGCCCGGCCCCUGGAGCAGCGGUCCCGCAGCAGGAUCUCCACAGUCAUCCAGCCCCUGCGGCAGAAUGCAGCUGAAGUUGUGGACCUCACUGUGGAUGAAGAUGAGCCGACAGUUGUGCCAACCACAUCAGCUCGAGUGGAGCCGCAGGUCGUGAGUUCUGCUUCCACUACCAGCUCCAGUACAUCUACCUCAGAGCAGGCCUCUGAUGCAGCUCCAAACGUGUCCAGCAGCCAGCCCUCUGCAGCAACAGAGACUGCUCCCAGUCUCCCCAGUGGCAGCACUGCUGCUUCUUCAGCUGGAGAUGAAAUAGGAAGAGCUGCAUCUAAUUCGACACUGGAAACUGGCCCUCCGGCCAUGCCAAGGCUACCAUCAUGCUGUCCCCAGCAUUCUCCUUGUGGAGGACCUUCACAGACUCAUCAUGCAUUGGGGCACCCACACACAAGCUGCUUUCAGCAGCAUGGCCACCACUUCCAGCAUCACCACCAUCACCACCACAACCCUCACCCAGCUGUCCCACUAUCUCCUUCGUUCAGUGACUCCAGCUGCCCUGUGGAAAGGCCUCCCCCAGUGCCUGCCCCGUGUGGAGCAAGCAGCAGUUCUGGCACCAGUUACCAUGAGCAGCAGGCAUUGCCAGUAGACCUAAGCAGCAGUGGUAUCAGAAGUCAUGGAAGCGGUGCUUUCCACGGAACAUCUGCUUUUGACCCGUGCUGUCCCAGCUCCUCGUCGCGCACGGCGCUCUACGGGCACCAGGCGGGUGCUGGCCCCAGCCAGUCGAUGGCGAUGGACGGGUAUGGAUCGGGCAUUGUGGCACAGCCACAGCCGCAGCCRCCGCCCCAGGCAUCGCUCUCCUCCUGCCGCCAUUACAUGCACUCUCCUUAUGCUUCCUUGACCAGACCUCUUCACCAUCAAGUCUCUGCAUGUCCUCACUCUCAUGGAAAUCCUCCUCCACAGCCACAGCCUCCACCUCAAGUGGAUUAUGUUAUCCCUCAUCCAGUGCAUCCCUUUCAUCCUUCAAUCUCUUCUCAUGCAUCUUCUCAUCCUGUUCCACCUCCACCACCAACUCAUCCCUUAGCCAAUGCAGCUGCUCCAAUACCACAGCAUCUUCCGGCAACACACCAGCCUAUAUCCCAUCACAUCCCUGCAGCAGCACCUCCAGCACAGAGGCUGCAUCCUCAUGAAGUAAUCCAGAGGAUGGAGGUCCAGAGAAGAAGAAUGAUGCAACACCCAACACGUGCUCAUGAGCGGCCUCCUCCACAUCCUCACAGAAUGCAUCCCAAUUAUGGUCAUGGGCAUCACAUCCAUGUGCCUCAGACUAUGUCUUCCCAUCCUCGACAAGCUCCRGAGAGAUCUGCCUGGGAACUAGGAAUUGAAGCUGGUGUGACUGCAGCUACUUACCCUCCAGGGCCCUUGCAUCCUCAYUUGGCCCACUACCACGCACCUCCUCGACUGCAUCACUUGCAAAUAGGGGCUCUUCCUCUAAUGGUACCAGACAUGGCGGGCUACCCUCACAUCCGUUACAUUUCAUCGGGAUUGGAUGGAACAUCAUUCAGAGGCCCUUUCAGGGGCAAUUUUGAGGAGCUGAUUCACUUGGAAGAACGACUAGGCAAUGUUAAUCGUGGAGCAACACAGGGAACUAUAGAAAGAUGCACAUAUCCACAUAAAUACAAAAAGGUAACAACUGAUUGGUUCUCACAGAGGAAACUGCACUGCAAACAAGAUGGGGAGGAAGGAACAGAAGAAGACACAGAGGAAAAGUGCACCAUCUGUUUGUCUAUAUUGGAGGAAGGUGAAGAUGUCAGGCGCCUUCCCUGUAUGCACCUUUUCCACCAAGUAUGUGUAGAUCAGUGGUUGAUUACUAACAAGAAGUGCCCCAUUUGCAGAGUGGACAUUGAGGCUCAGCUGCCCAGUGAAAGUUGACAUUGCUUUCCAGAACUCUUGUCCUCCCUCUCGCUCCCUCUCAUCCUUCCUGGUACUGCAGUCAACCAAAGAUGGCAUGACUUACCUGCGCAGAUUUGGAAGCAUUGAACCCAGAGUGCUGGCUCUGCUAUAUGGUACAACUAAUGCUAGACCUACAGUUUAUGUAGAAGACAGUUGAGUUUCAGUGUAUUUAUAAAUUUUUAAUUUUUUUUAGGUUUAUAAUUUUUUUCUUUAAAUUCAUUACUGUAUUUUUGCAUGGUUCCUUGUAUUGCAUUUGUUUGCACAUAUUAUGGGCUUUGUGAUCCCAGACUUGCAGGCGAGAUUAGCUGCUUUAGUAAGUAGAAUUGUGUGGUCUCUUUUUUGGUUUGUUUUAUGUAGUACCAAGCUUUGAAAGUAUGAUUUCACUCAUUAAUAACCUCGGAUUCCUUAAUUUAAUCGAUCAUAUAUAUUUUAGUUUAAAUGUAUAAAGAUCAUCUAGAAAAGGAUAAUAUUAUGUAUUGAGACAUUCCUUAAUUAGGAAAAAAUGGCUGCUGUAUAUUUACAAGAUCAGUUAUGAGUCAAAUAACAUCCUUAAUACUGGGAACAGAAUAUGAACAAUACUCAGUUUGACUGAUACAUAUAGCAUAUUCAUCACCAGAGUUUUGGUCUGAUCAGAUUUUUGUGUUUGUUUUUUAAAAUUUCAGCACAAUGCAGAUAUAUUUGAAUGUCAAUAUUAAACAUUUAGACUGCUGUUCAGAUUGUAUUUAUCAUUUUCUUCUAUGUCUAGAAAUUUGAAUCCCUAACUUAAAUAUAUGCUGCUGUGAAACAGCUCUUAGUGAACACUAAAUGUUGAUUUCAGUUAGCUGGAUUGUAGAUACUUGCAGAUUGAAAGAAUUAUUAGGGACAUGGAAAAAGAGCUUAGAAUCUGUUUGGUCUUCUGCUAACUUAAGUUGAAGUAUCUGCGCACACUGAGUGUUGGGGUUUUUUUUUUUGGCUGUGUUUUUUUUGUUUAUUUGUUUGUUUGGGUUUUGUUGUUUGUGGUUUUUUUAAUAUAAAACCGUUCAAUAAGGACUUAAAGCUGCAGGGUUUUUGUUUGGGUUUAUAUACAUGAAUUCAUAGAAUUUCUAAGGAUUCCAGGCUUGUCUUGGGAUUUUUAUUAGAUUCAAAGUUAAUAAAGUUAGCUAAAUCCACUUGUCUCUUGUUUUUAUUUUCCAUUAGUAAGUUGAAAGCCUGUAAAUUCCUGUGGAAACUGAGACACAAAUUAUGUGUUUACCUAGUUUUUGCCUUGAUCAUAGAUUCCCUCUUUAUAAAUUACCAACAGUCCAUCACUGAUUGAAAUAUUUUCUAUAGUUAAGAUUUGCUGCAUAAUAUAGUAUAUAGAAUUAAGUUAUAAUGUACUAACAUUUUGCCUUUGAAGGAGGUUUUAAUCCAUGUCAGGAUUCAAGUUGCUCAUYAACAUUCUUUCACAUAUAAUAGAUUAUAGUUUAUUUAAAUGUGCUCAACAUUGCAAAAUGCAAAUGUGCAAAACCAUUGAGACAGUAUUACUGUCACUUUGGAAAAGAUGUUCCUUGGGGAUCAUAUAUGAACAUGUCAAUUAGCUUGCAUUAAGCCACCUGCUUUGUAAGUGGAUUGAAUAAUAAAUACCUUCAGUUUCUCRUCUGUGUCUUUCAUGAUCAGAUUACAUGUAAAAUGGUUUACAGUAAACCUAGAAGAUAAACUGUUAUGUUUACACAUAAAAAUCCAUUUAUAAAUAUUACAUUAUCUAAUUUGAUGCCUGUUUCUGUGUGGUUAAAGCUGCUUCCCUUUUAUUUUGUUUUUUUUUAUCUGUUAGUAGUAGCAUUUGCGAGUACAGUGUCUAUUGCUGGCAACAAACUUAACACCUCUGGCACUGAGGCUUUAAACAGAGAGAAAUUUUAUUCCAGCAUGUGUGAUAAAUGGACCUUUUCAAGCUUAAUUGCAUUGCUAAAACUGAGCUUAAAAACCACUUUGCGGUUGUACAAUGGGGGAUAUGGGAGAGAGGCAACACAUGAUUGGACUGCUUCAAACCCUGACUUGGGUUUGUGAUAAARCUUCUUGAACAUUUUGGCUGUAGGAAACUGAAAGUAACUGCAAAGUUGAAGCUAAAAAUGAAUAAAAGUAACUGGAAGGACUGAACAGACUCUGUGCUUUCCAGUGACUGUUGAAGGGAAGUUAACUGACCACUAAUGCUUGAAGACUGAUACUCACUUCUAAAAGCUUCCAAGAAGGUACUUGAGAGAUAGGGAACAAAAAACCCGGGGCCUCUGAAAUAAUUGACACCCUGGGUAUGUGAUAGAAUCUAUUUUGGAUCCCUUACAGGACAAAGCACAGGUUUGGGGGAUUUUUUAUUUUAGGAAAUAUUUUUGGGUCUGAUUUGAGUGCCUGGUACUAGAGGUAUUUUAGUGAUCCMUGAAUUGAUUUGUUAUAUAAUAGCUACUGAUACUGUCUUGCUUUUAAAUGUAUGCAUAACAUUGUAAUGUGAUGCUGAACACUUAGGUAUUUGCCAGGAAUCAGUGUUCUGAUGUUAAUGCUAUUGCAGGGGCUAAAAAGCUGCAGCUUACUUCUGUUCCAGAAGGUUGUAACUUAACCAUAGUUUAAGGGAAGGAGAAAGAAUAGGCUUUUCAUUUUGAAAAUUCCCACCACUUAACUGUGCUUUAUAUGCUUAGAUGCAUUGCCUUAAGUUUUCUGCAGCAUCUUUGAAGAUAAGAAUCUCAACAGUAUGCAUCAAUUUACUUUUCAUAUAAAAUUCCAUUGUCAAAAGAAAUCCUUUUGUAUGCAAUAAAUAAAAUGUUAGACUGGUAUCAUUCAAAAUCUGUUU